AUGUUUACUAAGAAAAGUUCUUCAAGCAUAAUUGUUGUUCUAGUCUAUGUAGAUGAUAUUAUUAUCAUAGGAGACAAUAAAAGUGGAAUUGAAGAGUUGAAGUCUUUCCUCCAGAGAAGUUUUGCAAUAAAGGAUUUGGGCAAAUCGAAGUAUUUCCUUGGUAUGGAAAUUGCUUAUUCGUCUAAAUGGCUGUUUAUCAAUCAAAGAAAAUAUAUGCUAGACCUUCUUAAGGAAACUGGAAAAUUGGGAGCCAAGCCUGUUGAAACACAUGUUGAUAGGGCCAAAUUAAAUGUGGAUGGAGAACAACUUGCUGAUGUUGUUAAGUACCAAAGACUAGUAGGCAAGCUGAUUUAUUUAACCAUUACUAGUCCUGACAUUACCUAUGAUGUGAGCCCGGUCAGUCAAUUUAUGCAUGAUCCUAAGAAAAGUCACAUGGAUGUUGUUAAUAGAAUUCUUCAAUACUUGAAGGGGUCCCCAGGGUGA